UUCUCUCUCUUUUCCAAUUUUCCUCUCUCCUGCCGCCGCCCCCUCUCCGUUCUCCUCGUCCCCCUCUUCGCACAGCGCCGCCGUCCCGCGCUCGUGAAGGCCGCAAGUGCGGGUGGAUGUGCCAACACGCCUCGCGGGUGUGACCCUGCAGUUGGCAGUGGUCACAGCGCGCGCUGCUUGGCCCUCCGCGCGGACGAGCGCCUUCGCAUCGUGCGUUGUUGGCGUGGUUGUCUGUGUGUUGCGGGGGGGAGGAGCUGCUCAUGGUGUUCCUCCGCGUUUCUUCGCGCUGAACACUGGCGAUGACUUCGUCGAUUCGGGGAAGCUCGGUUGUGAGGAGAAUCUGCGAUCUCAAGCUUUCAUAGCUUGGAUCUAGUCCUCCAAGGUUUUGAUAAGUUAUCCAUUUUGAAAAACUUGCAAGUGUUAAAUCUAGGAUCCAAUACAUUCGACAACAACAUCUUACAGUCCUUGGGUUUACUCACAUCCCUAAGGAUUCUAAAUCUUCAGCACAAUAGAUUUGAAGGGUAUUCUCCAGCCAGAGAAUUGGCUGCGUUAAACAACUUGGAAACCUUGGACCUGACCGGUAAUUAUCGAUAUGGGUCCCUGCCACUGCAAGGAUUUGAGAGACUGUCAACAUUGAAAAAAUUGGUGGAAUUAAGGCUCGAUAGCAAUGGUUUUGACAAUAGCAUGCUUUCGUCACUUAGCCAGCUCAUAACCCUCCAGAAUCUAAGCCUUGGUGGUAAUAUAUUAAGGGGAUCAUUUCCUUGUAAAGAAUUAGGUACUCUUGAAAACUUGGAGAUGUUGGAUUUGAGCGUAAAUGCCUUUAGUGACCCUCCAAUUGUCAGAGAUUGUUUCAGGUUCAAGAAAUUAACCAAGCUGAUUCUAGAUUUUAACCAAUUUAACGACGAUAUCCUGCCUUUCCUAAGUGUUUUCACAACACUUGAAAGUUUAAGUCUUGCUGGCAACAAAUUUCAAGCAACCUUUCCAGUUGAAGAAUUAGCAGCUCUCAGAAACCUAACACUUCUAGAUUUAAGCUUCAACAACUUCAAUGGCUCCAUAAAAUCAGAAGGUUUAUCAAAAUUUAAGAAGUUGGAGACCUUAAAACUUGCUGGAAACCGAUUCAUGAAUAGUGUUCUACAAUCAUUGGGGGCAGUCACAUCUCUUAAAACUCUAGAUCUUAGUCUUAAUUUGAUGCAAGGAGCCUUUCCAGACGAGCUAACUAACUUGAAAAAUUUGGAAAAUCUGGACCUCAGCACUAAUCUUCUUAAUAGUUCCCUACCAAUAGAAGAAUUAGCGAGAUUAAGCAACUUGAAGAUUCUAAAUUUGAAGAACAACUUACUUACGGGCACCCUUCAAAUUGAAGGUUUGGCAACUCUGAAGUGCUUAGAAAUCCUAGAUUUGAGUAACAACCGGUUAAUUGGACAUAUUUCUCCGUCCAUAGGGAGUAUGGCUUCGCUCAAAGCAUUAUCACUGGCCAACAACAAGCUUAAUGGAUCUUUACCCCCAAAAGGUUUCUGUGAAUUGACGAACCUUCAAGAGUUGGAUCUCAGUCAGAAUAACCUUAGUGGAGUUCUUCCAUCUUGUCUCAGCAGCUUAACAUCUCUUAGACUGUUAGACCUCUCAUUUAACCGACUUGAAGGAAAGAUAUAUUCAUCUCUGGUACCUACCCUUGCAUCCCUUGAAUACAUUGAUCUCAGUCAUAAUCAUUUUGAGGGCGCAUUCUCUUUCAGUUCAAUUGCUAAUCACACCAACCUCAAAGUACUGAUGAUUGGAUGCGGUAAUAGUAAGCUGAAAGUUGAAACUGGAUACUCAAGUUGGCUUCCCAAAUUUCAGUUAACUAUUCUUGCGGUAACAAACUGUAAUUUGAACAAGCUUCCAGAGUUUCUCAUUCACCAAUUUGAUCUCAGGAUAGCUGAUCUCUCUCACAACAACCUGACCGGAAUAUUCCCCAAGUGGUUGCUGGAAAACAACAUCAAUUUGGACUUCCUGAGUCUUAGAAAUAAUUCUUUAUUUGGUCAGUUUCAUUUGUCACCCAAUUCUAGUAGUAACAUUUUUCAGAUGGAUAUCUCAGAGAAUUACUUCCAUGGGCAGCUUCAAGAAAAUAUAGGGGCAGUUCUACCAAAGGUAUCGGCCCUUAAUGUUUCUGAAAAUGCUUUUACUGGUAGUAUUUCCCCAGUUCGCAACAUGCCCAAUUUGUUGUUUUUAGAUCUAUCUAGCAACAAUUUCUCAGGAGAAGUUACAGGCGAGUUUGCAGUAAAUUGUUCCCAAUUGGUUGUUUUGAAGCUAUCGAACAAUAGACUGCGUGGCCAAAUACCAAAUCUCAACCAAAGUAUAUCAUUGAUGUCCUUGCAACUAAGUGAAAAUAGCUUCACCGGAACUCUACCAAAUUCGAUUUCACAAUCAUCCGUCCUAUAUAACAUUGACAUCAGUGGCAAUUACAUGUCUGGUGAGAUUCCUAGCUUCGGCAACAACUCGUCACUUUCUGCAGUCAUCAUGCGAGAUAACGGCUUCAGAGGAAAAAUCUCCUGUGAACUGCUAGCUUCAGUUAUGUUUAUCUUGGACCUUUCCUACAACUCAAUUUCGGGCCCUUUACCAUCUUGUGACUUAUCAUAUCUAUAUCAUCUCAACUUGCAAGGAAACAAAAUCACAGGUUCGAUCCCAAGGACAUUGUUUAACUCCUCAAAUUUGCUGACUCUGAACCUCAAAAAUAAUUGCUUGACUGGUGAAAUUAUAACUUCAGUUGUGGCUUAUUCUGAUCUGAGAGUUCUGCUUUUAAGGGGGAACCUUUUCAGUGGUCUGAUCCCUGAUCAACUAUGUCAAUUUAAUAAUAUAAGCAUGUUGGAUCUCUCCGAUAACUCAUUUUCUGGAUCAAUACCCCAUUGCUUUAGUAAUAUCACUUUUGGGAGCAUAAAGGAAUAUGUCUCUAUACUUGGAGAGUCAUUCGAAGUCCCAAUACCUAGGUCUACAAUAUAUAACUUUGAGAGUCUUUUGCAGCGGGAGAUCAUCCAUGAGAAAGACAUUGAUAUCGUGAAACAAGUUGAAGUUGAGUUUAUUACAAAAACCAGGGCCAAUAUAUACACAGGAAGUAUUCUUGAUUUGAUGUCUGGACUGGAUUUGUCAUGUAACCACCUAACUGGUGAGAUACCAUCUGAACUAGGAAAACUAAGCUGGAUACACGCUUUAAACUUAUCCCACAAUCAGUUGACAGGCUCCAUCCCAAGUACCUUUUCAAGCCUGAGCCAAAUAGAAAGCCUGGAUCUUUCUUUCAACAAUUUAAGUGGAGAAAUCCCUUCUGCAUUGAUCAGUCUAAAUUUUCUCCAAGUGUUCUCUGUGGCUCACAACAACCUGUCAGGCAGAGUACCAGAGAAAAAAGCACAAUUUGGAACAUUUGAAAAUAACAUAUAUGAAGGAAACCCAUUCCUGUGUGGAACUCCAUUAGAGAAAAGCUGCAGUGCUGUGAUUGAGCCGCCAACAGCAUUCUCCGAUUCAAGUGAAGAGAAAUGGUAUGAAAUCGAUCCUUUGGUCUUCAAAGGAAGUUUUACUGCUGCAUAUGUGAUGUUCUUGCUCGGUUUCUUAGCUCUUCUCUACAUCAACCCGUAUUGGCGACGAAAGUUGUUCUAUUUCAUUGAGGAUUGUAUGUAUUCAUGCUAUUUCUUUGUUUCCAGUAUUUUUCAAAAGUCAUCAGCAAAAAUAUGUGGGUGACUGUCUUACAAACAAUCCUGUUUCCAGUAUUGCCUCAGGACAACAUUUUACUCUGUACAUGUAAAUGAACUGAUACCAUGAUCAAAUCAUGCUUGACAAUACCAUGGCAUCACAUUUGGUUCUCCAA